AAGAAAGGGAGCUUUAUGUCUUUCAGAAGGAAGCUCACCCUGCAAGGCUGAGGAAACAAAGGGAAGAAUUGUGUGUCAGUCUACUCCAGACCUCUCAAACCAACAGCCCACACCUCUAUUUCUUCGAUACCUUGUCUUUUCUUUCUGCACACACAAAAAAGAAUCUUUGUAGAUGUAAUGACAUGAAGACUCUUGAGAUAAGAUCACUGUGGAUCAACUGAGUGGCCUCAAGUUCAAAUGGCAACAUCUAGGAAAGCUUUAAGAUUGUCCUUCCUCGUUCCUGAUGGUGCUGUCUCUCGAUGAACCCAAAGCUCACUGAUUGAUUGGACUGGCUGGCCAGCAUAGCCCACCGGCCCUGCUGUCUCUAUCUCCCUAGUGCUACACACACUUUCAAGCAUACUGCUAUGCCCUUCCCUGCCGCUCAUUCUAGGAUGCCCUUCUCACUUCUCUUGAGGUUCUGUCUUCCCUCUGCCAUAAGGACUCUACCCAAGGCAGCACACAUCAGAAACACAUCCAGCAUGACUGAAGGGCGCCAGCCAGCUAGUGUGAUGGUCCUGCCCAGGUCCCUAGCACCAGCUUUUGAAAGCUUCUGCCAGGGUAACCGGGGUCUUCUGCCCCUACUUGGCCAAAGUGAGGCAGUGAAGCCAUUUCCACAGCUGAGCACUGUUCCAGACAUAAGGACCAUCUGUCCACAGUUUCAGAAAUAUGAGUUUGGUGCCUGCACAGGCAUGCUGACCUCACUGGAGGGGUACUCAGAACAGCUGAAAGACAUGGUGACCUUCAUCAUAGACUGCAGCUUCUCCAUCGAAGAGGCCUUGGAGCAGGCAGGGAUCCCCGGAAGAGACCUGACAGGUCCCAGCCAUGCAGGAGCAUACAAGACAACAGUGCCCUGUGCCACCAUUGCUGGCUUCUGCUGCCCUCUGGUGGUCACAAUGAGACCUGUUCCCAAGGACAAGCUGGAAAGGCUGUUGCGAGCCACUCACUCCGUGGGAGGACAGCAAGGACAACCCAUCCACAUCGGUGACCCAGAACUUUUGGGAAUCAAGGCACUUUCCAAACCUGACUAUGGCAGUUAUGUGGAGUGUCGUCCUGAGGAUGUCCCGGUGUUCUGGCCUUCUCAGCUGACCAGUUUGGAAGCAGUCAUCAGCUGCAAGGCUCCAUUGGCUUUCACCAGCCCUCCAGGCUGCAUAGUGAUGAUCCCGAAGGACACAGUAUCUCCAGCCAGUUGUCUGCCUCCUGAGAUGGUUCCAGAAGUCCACGCCAUUUCCAAAGACCCUUUGCAUUACAGCAUAGUGUCAGCCCCUGCUGCUCAAAGGGUCAGAGAGCUAGAGUCCACAAUCGCCAUAGACCCAGGUAACCGAGGAAUCGGGCACCUACUGCUUAAAGAUGAGUUGCUGCAGGCUGCUCUGUCACUGUCUCAUGCCAGCUCCAUACUAAUCACCACUGGAUUCCCGACACAUUUCAAUCACGAGCCCCCAGAAGAGACAGACGGCCCACCAGGAGCCAUCGCCUUAGCUGCCUUCCUACAGGUUCUGGGGAAGGAGACCGCCAUAGUGGUAGAUCAGAGAGCCUUAAACUUGCAUAUGAAGAUUGUUGAAGAUGCUGUUAAGCAAGGAGUUCUGAAGACACCAGUCCCCUUAUUAACUUACCAAGGAAGAUCCAUGGAAGAUGCUCAGGCCUUUUUGUGCAAGGAUGGGGACCCCAAGUCUCCUAGGUUUGACCAUCUGGUGGCCAUCGAGCGUGCGGGAAGGGCUGCUGAUGGCAAUUACUACAACGCCAGGAAGAUGAACAUCAAGCACUUAGUUGACCCCAUUGAUGACAUUUUCCUUGCUGCACAAAAGAUUCCUGGAAUCUCAUCGACUGGCAUCGGUGACGGAGGCAAUGAGCUUGGCAUGGGCAGAGUAAAGGAGGCUGUGAAGAAGUACAUUAGAAAUGGAGAUGUCAUUGCCUGCGAUGUGGAGGCUGACUUUGCUAUCAUUGCUGGUGUUUCUAACUGGGGAGGCUAUGCCCUGGCCUGUGCACUAUACAUUCUGAACUCAUGUCAAGUCCAUGAGCGCUACCUGAGGAGGGCAACUGGACUUUCCAGGGGAGCUGGGGAACAGAGCUGGAUCCAGGCCCUGCCAUCUGUCGAUAAGGAAGAAAAAAUGUUGGGCAUCCUGGUACAGAACCAAGUCCGAAGUGGUGUCUCGGGCAUCGUGGGCAUGGAAGUGGACGGGCUGCCUUUCCAUAGUGUCCAUGCUGAGAUGGUCCAGAAGCUGGUGGAUGCCACCACAGUACACAUGUGACCAGCUGGGUUGUUUGUGUCCAUAGUCCCUGCCCGGUGCCAGUCUCAGACUAGGAGUUCCAGGGGCAUUGCUCUACCUGUCCUUCAUCCUGACCUCUUCAGGCCACCCUGUGCUCUGCUCUGGGAAUUUGUCUGCCUCUCACUUAAGAGAUAAUUCUAGAACAGUUAACUAUAGAGUAGAACCUAAGGGCGGUGGUGGUACACAUCUUUAAUCCCAGCACUUAGGAGGCAGAGGCAACUGGAUCUCUGAGUUUGAGACCAGCAUGGUCUACUGCCAUGCCCACUCCAGUUGAGUCUGUGUGAUAGCAGCCCAUAGAGGCAAAAAGAUUCAAGGAAAUUAGCCUCCUGGAAUUUUUUGGCAUCUCCUAAUAUGGAUGUGUUCCAAAUUUGUCUUUGCGAUAGUCGAUGGAGAGUUUUGUGAGCUUUCUUUCUGUAUUGUUUUAUUAUAGGAAUAGAGGUGCCCCAAGCCAAACUAGAUUAAACGUUGUUUCCUGUCCCCCCCCCCCCACAGUGUUCCAGGAUCCUAAUCUUUGUUGAGCUGUUGUCAGCUUGGAAUUUCACAAGCAUGCUACUUAAUCAGACAGAUUGUCUCCAGAGUAGGAGAAAGAGAUCAGGCAUUGGAGUUUACUGUCAACAAAGUAAAAUUAGAGUUCUCAUAGCAGUCACCUACAGCAGACUACUUUACACAUUAGAGGGAAGUUAGUGGGCUCCCCUGCAAAUUGGAUGUCUGUCACAAAUCCUUAAAGUUACAGCUGAAGUCAUUCCCAAGAGCUGCAAGAAUGGGACCUCCUGAUGCUUACCUGUGACAAGCCCAGAGGACUAGCUUAGGGCUGGGAGAUGGCUUAGCGGGUAAGAGCACUGACUGCUCUUCCCAGAGCACCGACUGCUCUUCCCAACGAACCAUUCUCACCUGGCUGCUAAGAUCAAGCUGACUUUGAUGUAGCUGCUGUCUGUCUGGUUCCUGUCAGUUACCCUGACUGAUUAUCUAACUUUCUUUUGUUUUCUGUAUGACUAUAAAAGCCUGAUGUUCACUUUGUGAAAAUGCACUCAGAUCCAACACUCUCUUGUGUCAUGUCUGAAUGUCAAUCCACUGACUUCUUGCCCAUCUGUACCAGACCAUAUUUCCCUACGGGUUAAGUGACAGUCUACAGAGCGAGUUCCAGAGUAGCCAAGGCAUCACCAUGACCUGGGCUAAUUGAGAAAGGAUAGAGAGCACACAACUGUAACACACAGUUGAAACACUGGGGUUUGUACUCACCACCCCCAGCAGAACAGUUAUAUCUUUGAAAUGCUUUUUGUUUCAUAUGGUUACACAUUUACUGUUGGAAGGGAUCUCCCAUAAGAUCCCUCCAGCCAUCACAUCCUACUGUCCCUCACCCCCAUUCACCCCUGACAUUUCUUACACACACUUCUCAUCUGCUUACUCCUACACCUAGCCAGACUCUUUGCCCUCUUUGUAGGGGAAGGAAAGGGGAUAUGUGUGGCCAUAUUUGCCAGUAGAGCCCAAAGGUGAGUCAGACCUCCCCAGGGCUCAGGCAGAUGAGCUCACCCUGAUCUUUCACAACCUCCAACCCUACAUUUCUCAACAGAAUCAGAAACUGACCCACUGACAAGGCCCCAUUACACAUUUAGUCUCGACAUCAUGGUGACAUUUCGUGUUGGGAUCUGAGCCUACUAAAUGUUGUUUCACAUCUUUACACAUGUCUGGCAUGGUUCUCUGAGGGGGCCUUCAUUGUGAAAAAGGAAGACAUGGUAUAGAUUUUACACUCCAAUAAAGCAUAAGUGUAAAGAGAAAAGUCUUUAGUAUGAA